UUGAGGGGUUGGUGAUCUUUCAGCGCUUACUCAAUCGACAACCUUAGUAUAAACAAGUAUAGAGAUCAUUUCACGCACAUCCUAAUGCGCAUACAGUGAAUGGCUGCUGAUUUUAAAGAUCAAGCAUGACUGAUACAGCAACAACAGCAACUGCGUGUUAAAGUUUGGCUUUGUGAAUAGGUUUGUUUCCUGGAUGCUGGUUUCAUUUACAUGGACAAAGACACACUCGCUGAAACGCUUGCGUCUUACAUGAGGAUUUAAUUGAGCUGAGGAUGGCGGAUAUUAGGACAUAUAAUGUUGUUAUUUUGGGAAUAGGAUUUUUGCUCAUUUUUACAGCCUUCACCACCUGUGGUAAUAUCGAACAAACAGUGGUGAAAAGCUUGAAUAGCACUAACUUCACUGGGAGUGGCUAUCAUAGCCUUGGAAUAAUAUAUGGAGUUUUUUCAUUCUGUAAUGUGUUAGCUCUCAUUAUCGUUGCAAUAAUUGGACCACAGUUUACCAUGUUCUUGAGUGGAGUUCUUUAUAGUGGUUAUAUAGCUGUAUUCAUCAUUCCAUCCACAUGGUCCUUUUAUUUCACAUCAGUAGUAAUUGGCAUUGGAGCAGCCAUGCUUUGGACAGCUCAAGGGCACUUUCUGGUGGAGAACUCUGAUGCUUCCACCAUCAACAGGAACACAGGAUUGUUUUGGGCUUUACUGCAGUGCAGUAUGUUGUUUGGAAAUCUAUACAUUUAUUUUGAUUGGAAAGGAAAAACUGAAAUUACAGAUAAAGACAGAAGGAUUAUGUUUACUGCUCUGUUGGUUAUCUCAGCACUCGGGACACUAAGUUUUCUUGCAUUGAGGAAGGUCUGUCAGCAGGAAGAGGUUCUCUCUGAAGACGAGGGCCAGUCUCUGUUAUCGGCAAGAUUGAAAUAUAAACAAAGAGCAACAUCUGCUGUGAUGGAAGCGAAAACACAGUUUAAGACGAUUUUGGAAAUCUUCAAAACAAAAACCAUAUUGCUAUUAAGUUUCUGCAUGGCAUACAGUGGUUUGGAGCUGUCAUUUUACAGUGGCGUUUAUGGAACCUGCAUUGGAGCUACGACACACUUUGGCGAUGUAGCAAAAGGCUUAAUUGGCAUUUCAGGCAUUAUGGUGGGAAUCGGAGAAAUAGUUGGGGGAGGAUUGUUUGGCCUUGUAUUGAAGAAUAACCGUUUCAGGCGCACUUCAGUUGUCUUCUUAGGGAUGGUUGUGCACUUUGUGGCCUUCUACUUGAUAUUCCUCAACAUACCAGAUGAUGCACCUGUGGUUUUCCAAACAAGCUCACAACAUAAGCCAUAUCUGGUACCAAGCGUGUCCAUCGCCCUGCUGUGCAGCUUCCUGCUGGGUCUUGGGGACAGCUGUUUCAAUACGCAACUCUACAGCAUUCUGGGCCGGGCGUUUGCUGAGCAGAGUGCACCAGCCUUUGCUAUAUUCAAAUUCAUACAGUCUAUUUUUGCAGCAGUGGCGUUCUUCUACAGUGGUUAUAUACUGCUGACCUGGCAGCUCCUCGUGAUGGUCGUCAUGGGAUUCACAGGAACGCUGUGUUUUUUCAUGGUGGAGAGGAUGCAGAAUAUGUCAGCUGACACACAGGAGUAUUAGGUUGGGGUCUUUCUCAGGACACAUUUCAGUAAGUGUACUACUUGCACUAUUUGUUUGUUGUAAUUAAGAUGAAGUUGGUAGUAUAAAACACUACUCGUGAUUUAUGCGCAAGUGCCUUUGUUUUUGUAGGACUUUUGGGACCUUAAAAAUACAGAUGGAAUUACAGUUAUUAUUUUUUUUAUUUACAUGCUAUAUGAUAGAAAAUUGUUAGUUGGAAUUGCAUUACGAUUUUCCAUAUCUUUAAUGGAAUUGUAUUAUGCUAAAAAUUAUAUUUCAAUAUUUUAAAGGUGCACCCGUUUAGGUUAUGUUUAUGUUGUGUUGACUGACGUGGCAGACGUCUUAUACUGAUACCUAGUGGCGUAGUUGCAGCAUCACGUAAAAGCAAAGGCUCUUGAAUCUCACUGAUUCUGUUGUAGAAAUUCACUUGACUUAGUUAUUCCAUGAGCGAAGGUGUCGGAUAACAGCUGGGUUAGCGAGAUAAAACUAGUAUUCAGCUGGUCAUGUGAUUAUUGGACCUGCUCCAUGUAAAAUAUAACAGCUUUUAUUAUGCUACUGAUAUGACUGGAGCCUUAGUCUCGUGUGAGAUUUUAAACAGAUUUUUAUUAAGUAUAAUCCAUCUCUUUAUGUGUAUUAUUUGUUAAACAAAUACAUAAUGAGGAAAAAUACUGAGUGCACCUUUAAAUUUCAUGUAAAAUGAUGUUGGUGACGAUCAGAUGAUUAACCACUAAAUUUGAAAUAUGUAUACACCAUACAACUUACAGUCAAAAGUUUGGAAUCAUUAAGAUGUUUAUGUUUUUGAAAGAAGUCUCUUAUAUAUAGAAAAAACUGAAAUGAAUUGUCUACACACAGCGGAGCUGUAUCAUUUCAAUUAAGAAAGCAUUUUUCUCAGGGUCCUGCUAUAUAACUGUGAUUUGUAUAGGAUCUGUAACUCUAAAAGGCUAAAGACAUGCCAAUCCGCUUUUAGUUUUCUUUUCUAAAAUGAUUUUAUACUUGUAUACACUCUGUGUCCUUUAUUGUGAACCAUUGUUAAGUUGAUAAACCAUACCAGAUAAGCUGGUUCAGAUAAUGAAAGUAUUACUCCUAGAUAGCCAGACAGUGAUGUCAUGAGGACUCUGUCACAAGACAGUCAGAACUGGUUUAAACAAUAUUUACACAAACGUCGUCUUCAUGACAAAUGUCUUGAAGACACAAGUCUUCGAGUGAAAAAUUUAAGGGGGUCUGAAUACUUUCCGUACCCACUGUACAUGUGUUCGUACAUCACAAAAGUGCUGGUUGUUGUAAACCAGUGUGUAUCUGAAGCAACAGCUCUCUAGGCAUACAGUUAACAUGAGAUUAUUUGUUCUGGAACCAGUUUAGUAAAUCUGGCUUUUUAAAGAUUCAGUUACCUAUAUUAAGUGUAAUGAAUAAUGAUUGAAGCAAGUUUUACAUUACAUUUUACAUAGCAUAAAAUGAUGCUGAACAUUACAGAAAUACUGUAUCUUGUUAUGCAUAAUACAUGAUAUAGUUCAGUCUGUGUUUUGUAUUUUUGAAUGUGUCAUUUGGAUGUCUUUUUACAUUUGUACUACACCCCUGCUACACACUAUCCAAUUUAAGGCAUACAUUUCAUAGAUUGCAGCUAUGCAAUAAUUUAUAUGUGUCACAUUGUAAAUAUUUGUGUUUAGAUUUAGCCUCAUUGUGCAAAAAUCGGAUUUUUGAACUUGUUAAUUGACAAUCAGUAUAAAACAUUCUAACCUUUUGGGUUUGAUUUGAUAUUUUAAGGCAUUUCAAUAAAGAAUUAUUAUUAUUAUUAUUAUUAUGUGUUCA